AUGGCUUCAAGAGAUUUACCACAUUCCUUUAAAGCAUUAACUACUGAUUGGUUAAGAAGAAUACCAGAAGAAAUGACUUUAGGAAAAUCAAAACAACAAUUAUUUGAUGAAGAUAAAGAUUAUCAAAAUCCAAUAGAUGUAAAUUCUACUUCAUCAGAAAAUGGUGAAUAUUCAGAAAAUGAUGAAGAUCAAGUACCUCAAAAAGUUAAAUUUAAGAAUUUAUGGCCAGCUUUUGCUUCUGGAGCAGGAUUAUUUUCAGAUGGUUAUGUUAAUAAUUCAAUUUCAACAGUUUUAUUUUGUUUAAAAAAAAUAUAUGGUGAUGAAUUUACAAAAAGUAAUGCUAUAAGUAAUAUUGGUUCCAUUGCAUUUGUUGGUACAGUUGUUGGUCAAUUAGGUUUUGGUUAUAUAAGUGAUAGAUUUGCAAGAAAAGGUGGUAUGAUGACUGCAAAUAUUAUGUUAAUUUUAUUUACUUUAUUAUGUGCUGUUGGUUCAUGGGGUAAAACAACUCAAGGAUUUUUUGCUUGUUUAACAGUUUGGAGAUUUUUUUUAGGUGUUGCAAUUGGUGCAGAAUAUCCAACAAGUUCAGUUAUUGCAAGUGAAUUUGCAAAUCAAUUACCUGCUGGUCAUAGAAAUAGAUAUUUUUCAUGGUUUACAAAUUUUAUGAUUGAUUUUGGAUUUGUUGUUUCAGCAUUUGUACCAUUUGUUUUAAUUUGGAUAUUUACUGAAAGACAUUUAAGAGCUUUAUGGAGAUUAACUAUUGGUUUAGGUGUUAUUCCACCAUUAUUAUUAUUUUUAAUAAGAUUAAAAAUGAAAGAUUCAAAAUCAUUUCAAAAAUUAAAUAUGAAAAAUGUUAGUUUUAAAGAUUAUCCAAUAUGGUUAAUUAUAAAAUUUUAUUGGUUUAGAUUAACUAUUGUUUCAUUAAUUUGGUUUAUUUAUGAUUUUUCUGCUUAUUCAUUUGGUUCUUUUAAUACUAUUAUUAUUGAUGAAAUCAUUCCUGAUGCUCCAAUAUGGCAACAAUGGGGUUGGUCAGUUGUUUUUAAUUUAUUUUAUAUUCCUGGUGCAUUUUUAGGAGCUAUAGCAGGUGAUUAUUUAGGUCCAAGAUUAACUUUAGCUAUUGGUGUUACUUGUCAAGGUGUUAUUGGUAUUGCAAUGUCAGCAAGAUUAGAACAAUUAAAACAACAUAUUGCUGGAUUUGUUGUUGUAUUUGGUAUAUUUUCAACUUUUGGAGAAUUUGGUCCAGGUGAUAAUAUUGGUUUAUUAGCUUCAAAAACAAGUGCAACAGCUGUAAGAGGUAUAUAUUAUGGUAUUGCUGCUGCAAUUGGUAAAAUUGGUGCUUUCGUUGGUACUUGGGUUUUCCCAGCUAUUCAAAAACAUUAUGCUUAUGAUGAUAAUUUAACAUUACAAGUUCCAUUUUAUAUUUCAGCUGCAUUAUGUUUAUUUAGUGCUUGUUUAGCUCUUUUCUUUUUACCACAUGUUGGACAAGAUGCAAUAAAUAGAGAAGAUGCAGAUUUUGUUAAAUAUUUAAAAGCAAAUGGAUUUGAUUUAGCUUUAUUAGGUGAACCUGGAAUUGUUACUCAAAGAGAAGCUGCUAAAGUUGAUAGUAGUUUAUUAAAUGAAGGUGAAAGUUCUGAUGAUUUUAAUGCAAAACAAAAGACUAAUGAAUAUGAUGUUGAUCAAAAAUCAAUUUAA